UCCGUCGUAGUGGCGGCCAGUCACCGACGCAAGGCGCUACUGUUCAGGCAGGCAGGCGUGUUAGCUAACAGGCUCCGUGCGCUCGGUCUGUGCAUGUGUGCGUGUGCGUGCGCGCUAGUGUCAUGGCGGCGAGCGAUACCAACGGCAGGGGCGGCAGCGUGGCGCUCGGACAGUGCCUGCUGGCGGCGGUGCUCGUGGCGUGCGCGCUGGCCCUGCAGCAGGGCGUGGAGGCCGUGCCCGUCUACGAAUUCAAGCACGAGGAGUCCGUCACCAUCGCAGCGGACAACGCUUGCUACCAGAACGAGGAGGUGGAGGAGCUGUGCCAGAUGUGCGCCAAGAAGACCAAGUCCAACGUGGUGUACCCCAUGUGCUGCCAGGACGAGGAGGAGGUCCGGCAGUGGUGCGACGCCUACGUCAACUUCCCACUACGCCAACGCCCAGAGUGACAACAAAGUGGCGCGUUUUCGUGCAAAUUUUCACCUGAUUUCGUCCGCGAAAUGACCUAACACGUUCGUGUCCAUCGGGUGAUGGGUGCAUAAUCCUGAGGGCCCCAGAACCUCUCUUACGUGUUCAACCCAUCUCGCCUCGUACGAAAUGUUUCUCUCGCCGGUGGCACCCCUGGAGCCGCCAGAGCAGCUCAGCUAGAAUACCCCAAAAACGACCUCCGCCAAUGGUAUUUCCCUCGAAGAAGAAAACACGUCGGACUGAAAUGUGCGUUACUCUACAGAUGGGACAGGUGUCUCUGUUUCUGCGCCUCUGGACUUGUCAGUUGUGAUAUGGGCUGUGUCCUGUCUCGUUGGGCUCUUAUUCGACAAGGAUGCGACCACUCUGUGACCAGUCCGUGACCAGUUUCUGACCAGUCUGUGACCAGUCUGCAACCUGUCUGAGGCCAGUGUGUGAUCAUUCCGUGACCAGAAUGUAACAAGUAUGUGACCAAUAAUAUGUCACCAGUGUUCGACCAGUCGACAAGCCUCCGACGUGAUGCCGAUGCCAUAUAUCUCGCUACGAGUGCCUAAUGCUGUGAUAAAUGAACUCGGGACUGUGUAAGGUACAUCCCCGAGACAUGACUGCCGAACCGACAUCGUAACAAUGUCAAUUUUUCAUCUUGAACGUCGGUUUGAUAUCUUUUUUUGUAUCCCGGCGAUGUGCCGGAGAGCACGACGCGAGAGUCAGCUUUGGCUGAGCGCUGAGUUAGGCGGGCGUCCCUUCCUGUCUCUUCUAAGCUCUAGUUAUUUUAAUAAUUUGAUGGCUUUUUGGCUGUGAGUAAAAUCGGUGCACCAAUUAACACAUUCAGUGCGGUGCGACCACAAUGUGGUCACGCUUUUCUAGUUGUUCCAAGCCCCAGGAGGCACACUCGCAUUGAAAGUCAUUAGUCUAUAAGUUUCAUCCUAAACCCCAUGUAUGUACCGGGUGUUUCAGAGCGGACACCGCAGUGUUGCGGGUUUGCCUACUCCCUUCGCCCGUAAGGCGUCAUGCCCCCCACGGGUCUAGCGAGUAUGUAUUGCCGCAAGCCUGCAGUAUUCGUUCUGAAAACCCUUACGUGUCCACGAAGUAUAUGGUAUUCCACUUUGAUAUCCAGACAGGAAUUUUUUUUUAAAAAAAAGUACUUGCUUCAGAAGCAAGUUACGACAAAGUUGUUACCCUUUAAGAUUUGUGUAUAGUCCAUCCAUGCUGGCAAUCAUUUGAGUUCGUCCCACUUUGAUAGUUUUGUAUUGUUUGUAAGAGUGUCAAUCAAAGAACAGGAAUGCAAACAUUUCACAAUUAUUUACAGAUAGUCCUUCAGGGUCCCUGCGUAGUCCCUGUCAGUAGUUAUUUUGCCUCCGUCCAGGCACAAGUUGUCAAAUAAUUUCUGCUCUUUAACUGUGACAGAAUUGUGUAUGCCCCCAUUAAAGGUGAUACGUACCAUUAUUAUUAAUAAUCCCGUCCAUCUUACGAAUAUGUGUUUUACCAUUUUUAUACUUAAGUAUUUUAUUUUUUUAUUCUAAGAUGUAAGAAAUGCUCAUUUAUACCAUUCAAUGAACCACACGAAUUGUUCCAUGUGAUGCCCAUACAUGUUUCAAAUAAAUAUGAUUUCUGAGUGAGA